AUGUCGCUGUCAGUCAACCUCAAUUCAACUGGUACAUCCAACAAUUUGCAGCAUCUUCAGCAGAAACCAAUGUCUAUUUCAUCCAUCACCUCUUCUCCGCUCCCUAAUUCUGUAAGCUUAGCUACUAAUUCACCAACAGAGACAAAUACGGACUUGUCAUCCCCUCCCUUGAGUCAUAAGUACAGCUCAAGGUCACCCAACUCGCCCACGCUAUACUAUCCAAUGUCUAUGCCGAACUCUCCGGAUAGCCCUACUUUCCAACAUACAUCUCCUGCUGCUAUUCAUCAUCCCCAUCCCCAAUAUCACAACCAUCAUCAGCAACAGAAGCAGCGCCGUUAUAUGCCAUAUCAUAUCGAUCAACAUCAUCAAAGCAGACAUCAUUCUUACCAGCAACGUGACACUAAUUGUGCGGCCUCUCAUUACCCUGUCAACUUACAUAGCAACAGUAAUCAGUACGGCCAUUAUCGCACGACCCGAUCAUCAUCCAUAUCAUCUGCCACAUCUGCCACAGCGCCUCCAUUGACUUUGAAGGAGCGAAGACAGCGCAACAAGGCUGCUUCUGCUAAAUAUAGGGCAAAGAAGAACCAACAGCAUGGUGAAAUGCGGAUGAUCAUCUCUUCCUUGACAAAAGAAAAUGAUCUCUUACAAAGACAACUAGAUCAUGUACGAAGAGAUAACGAUAAACUGAAAGCUACAUGUGACACACUUCGUGGCAAGAUGAUGGCUGAAAAAAUGCUUAAAAAGCUGUUGCACAGUGAGCAUCCACAAGCAGAUGAUUUGCAAGGAUUUGUUGAUGAUGAAGGCGAUGAUGAAGAUGCCAUGGAUGGCCUUGAUGAAGACUACGAUAACAUUGACAAUGGACAGCACUAUCACGAAUCAGCCAAGCAUGCGCAUCAAUAUAAUGGCGACAGUGAUGGCUCUUAUUCUUCUGCCAACAAUCAACCACAACCUCAGUCAAAUUCAACAUUCUUCGCGAACACUCACAACAAUAGGUUUGAAGAAGAUAUUGAUUUCGAAGACGAAGAAGACGACGACGACGAUGACUUUAGUGAUGAGAAUCAACCAAAUUACAGUCAUCGUGGUUGCACUCGAUCUUGA